AUGGACUAAUCGUGCAAAACUUUUGUUAGCGGGAUCUAAGGAUGAACUUUUUUCAGUUCAGCUCUGCUAUGGCAUCACUACGUUUUCCCAAUUACUCCCAACUUCUCUGCAAACUUAUGGGAGAGAGUGACAAGUUUGCAUGGUCGAGCCUUGUUUUUGGGCCUUGAUUACAACCUUUCUUAUCUUUCCAGCAGUGUGUGACUCGGGCAUGGGAGAAGCAGGGAGGCAUAUGUUUUGUGGGGUUUUCACUUUUCGAGCGGAAUAGAAAGUCCAGGUUUUUAAGAAUCGUGAAAUUUCACUAUUACAAGCAUGCUAAAUUAGCAAUCUCUGGUAAUUUCAAAAUAACAACGUAAUCACUUCAACAAGUUCUCCACCAGUGAUAAUAAAGCUAAUAAUAAAUAACUAAGGGAAUUACUUCCAAAAAAAUGGACUAGAGAUUUUUCGCAGAAGCUAAUGUGUAAAGGAAAGUUUCCCUCUUUCAGCAGGAUCUGUUCCUUUUUCGUUGAAAAUCUAAUUAUGGACAAGAUCCCUUUCGGCAGGAAUUGUUCCCUUUCCCGUGAAAUUGAAAAUCUAUUUAUGGGGGGCAUGUACAUGUUGAACUUGUUCAUUGAUUAUUUAUCAAGAAACUGUCUACUUCCUGCUUCCCCAUCUUCUGCUUCUUCUUCUUCUUGUCGUUAAUUGUUUUGGCAAAUUCUUGAUUCCAAAAACAUGGUGGAGGGACAAGAAAGACCAUUACCGCAGCAAUUUCCUGCGCCAGGAAAAUACCCUUGGCUGUUAUACCGUCAUGGCAAAGGCUACAACGACCUAACCUUUUGCACGAUAUCUCCUUCUGGACCUGGGAAGAGCGAGCGAAAGAGGAUCCCAGAAUUAAUAGAUAAAACAGUUGUAUAUUGUUCUGAAGACGGCUGGUUAGUCUUGGCCGAUAUCGAGACCAAGUGGACGUACUCAAUUUGGAACCCCGCGACUUCACAAUGCUUUGAUCUUCCCCGUCUAAAAUCAAAGCUGCUCUUUUUCGAUAGUUUCUUGUCAUCGCCGCCAACUGAUCCAGGCUGUUUGGUAAUGUUAUUUGUGGCUAAAGCCCCGAUAAUCUUAUACUGCCGUCCUGGUGACCAAGAGUGGACUGAGUUUAAUUAUGGUGAGAGUUUGAAGGCCCAAACUUCAACCACAAAAGACAGCCGAGAAAAUUUUCUGUGUCAACCCGUAAGCUGCAAUGGUAGAAUCUAUGCGACAUCCGCAAGGAUUUUCUGUUUGAUGCGCAUAAACUUGGACAAGAAAUCCAACACUAUUUGUGGCAUAUCUUUAUUGAACCAGCAAAGGCCACCUUGGUACCACUUCCACUCAGUUCUUGUAAACCUUUGGUUGGUGGGAUCUGGGGAUGAGCUUUUCUCAGUUCACAGCUGUUAUGGCUCGCUAGACUUUUGCGACACCCUGACUAUUGAGAUCAACAAAUUCAACUUCCCAUCAAAUUUAUGGGAGAAGGUGACAAGUCUGAAUGGCCGAACCUUGUUUUUGGGCGAGCACUACAGCUUUUCGUGCCCGGGUCCAGUGGCGUCGUCCGACUCAGACUCGGACAUGGAAGAAGCUGGGAGAGGGAGUUGCAUUUAUUUCACUGACCGCUUUGAUGCAACGUUGUACUCGUACAAGAUCGAGGAUGAAAGCAUUACAACGCAUUUACCUUGCCCGGAUUUACCAAAACCAUGGCUUCUUUUUCCCACUUGGAUAAUGCCUGUUCAAAGGUCCGAGCGCCAUACAACUACCAAAGAAGAUGAAGAAAUGCUGCCCCAAGAAAAUAAUGUUGAGGUCAAUAACAGUGGCGUAGAGAUCAUCGAGGAAGAGGGACGCUUGUGCGAUCUCCCGCCAGAUAUGCUCGCAAUGGUCUGCGGAAAUCUUUCUUUUGUCGAUUACAUGAAUUUUCGUUGCCUCAAUAGUGUCUGUGCCUCCACCGUUAGGAUGAAAUCCAACUCACUCCCUCGGCCAUUUCUCAUCUUCUCCAAUAGAGACAAAGGAGUCUAUGAAAUUGUUGAAUCCAGGCUACAGGGCAAGCACUCAGUCACGGUUCCCGAGGCUAUUGAAGAUCAUACAAUUCGCUAUGCCAAGGACGGAUGGUUACUGCUGGAUAAACGAAAUUCUGUUGCUCUCUUUAAUCUAUACACGAAGGAGAUCAUUCGUUUUCCGGAUACGCCUCGUGAGCGCUAUACAAGCUUUGUUUUUACAUCCUUGCCAUCUUCCGCGGGGUGUUUCGUUUUUGCAAGCUUAGGAGUUGAUAAAGAAGUCUGUUUCCACCAUUUCAAAAUGGGAGAGCAAGAAUGGAGGCAAGUGGGGUUUGGCCAAGCCGACAUAAAAUUCCAGCCCGGUUUUAGCAGCCCGCUGCUCCACGGGGGGACUUUCUAUUACCUAAGCAAGGAUGGCAUACUCGGAGGUCUAAAGCUAGAAGCCGAAACUGAUAAUGACAUCAUGGAGAUGGAGGAGGAUGGAAAUGCCGAGGUUGAAGAUGGUAACUAUGUUAUGGAAUGGAGAAUUAAUCUCGACCUGGAAAGGCCUUGCAAGAAUUUUCGACGCGCUUACUUGGUGGAGUGCGAUGAGAAUCUUCUGUCUGUAUUUGAGGGGCGCAGGGGAAAUAGAGUUUGGAUUCGAGUGUACAAGCUAAUUAACGACGAGCAGAACUGGCAAGAGAUGAACAGCUUGGGGAACUAUUCACUGUAUCUCAGCCGGUAUUCGUCUAUCGCCCACCUUGAGGAAAGCCCAGAUAUGGCCAACAGAAUUUACUUUCCCAGAUUUUAUCAAGGUGGCCUGCUUUAUUAUUCUUUGAGCACCAAGAAGUAUCAUUCCGUUGGAAGCGACGAUUUACUGGACAACUUCUUUGGCACAACAAUGUACAAUGAUUGCGCUUGGGUUGAUCCGAGACGGCGCUAGAUUUUUAUUUUUUGUUGUUGAUUUAGGAUUUGAUUUUGCCUCCUAAUAAUAGGUUACACCCUUCUUUCUUUGAUUUCAUGUCCCAAGGACAGUUACAUGAUUUUGCAGGCAACUUGUAAUUAAAGCCGAUAUGCAGCGUGUUACUGUAUAUGUUAGUUAAAGAUCUUGCAGUGCAUUCCG